AUGGAGCUUCCUCCAGAAAUUCGCAACCAGAUAUACAACUACCUCUUCCCCCCCCAGCGGGUCGAAAUCCGUCGAUCCAAAGACAUCACCAAAACACAACACCACUACCACCUCUACCACAAGCAACUCGCACCUCGAGAUCCAUUAACUCAGAUACAAACAUGCCUGCCAUUUAAACCCAGGCUUCAAACACAGCUUUGCCUCCCCUUUACCUCAAAGAAACUCCACCAAGAAACGUUAUGCCUCCUAUACGCUUGCACACAAUUCGUCUUCACAUCGCCGAAGUGCAUUUCACUAUUCCUAAAGAAAACCCCCAAACAGGCCCAGGCAGCGAUUCAACACAUCGAGAUCCAUCACACCAUGUACAACGAACCCAGCCUGACUACAUUCCGGGAGUUAAAGCUCCGCAGUGACAAGAGCUGGUAUAUGCUUUGCGAGAAGAUCUCGGUGAGCUUCACAGCGUUGAGAGUUCUCCAUGUGGACAUGACGAUUUUCGAUGCACCGAUUGAGUUGGAGGUCGGGGAGUCGUGGUCUUUGCCUAUUCUUGCCUUUGGAAGAGCUAAAGCACGAGCUGGAAGGGGGAUGGGGAAGGUGGGAGCCCUGCGGUUUGCAAAAGUGAACUUGACUAGCUAUCACUUUGAUUAUGAGAAAGUGCACAAGGUGGAAAGGCAGCUUGAGAAGGAGCUUAUGGGCCCCAUUGCGUUUCAGGUGCGUGAGGAUGAGGAAUUUGCGAGAGCAUUAGUUGAGGAAUUGAAGGCGAGGAAGGUGUUGAGGCUCGUGUUCAGUUAG